AUGUAUUCACAGUUCACCGGCGAAGGCACCGAAAACGGCGAGCAGGUCUACAUGUCCGUCAGCAACAACAACGACCCCGGCUCCUGGACCGCAGUAAACGGCGGCCAACCCGUCCUGGUCAGCAACGUCGGCGAGACGGGCGUCCGCGACCCUACCAUCAUCCGCAGCCCCGACGGCUCGACCUUCUACGUGAUCGCCACCGACCUCUGGGUGUACCCGCGCGGCUGGGACGUCGGCGACGACUACACGACCAACGGGUCCAAGAACAUCGUCGUCUGGGAGUCCAACGACCUGGUCAACUGGUCCGAGGGCCGCCUCGCCCACGUGUCCCCCGACAACGCAGGCAUGACCUGGGCACCGGACGUCAUCUGGCAUCCCGAGCAGGGCCAGUACAUGGUUUACUGGACCACGAACCUCAUCGGCGAGGGGUGGUUCAUUAUGCGGUCCUUCACGAGCGACUUCCAGACCUUCUCCCCCGCUGAGAUAUACCUUACUGGCGCUGGCAUGGACUGCACUAUCGGCCAUGAUGCUGCGGGCGGCUUGUACCAACGUAUCUGCAAGAACGGCGCCGAUGAGCUUAUUGAGCAGGCCAGCGCUCCGUCCCUCGACGGUCCUUGGAAUGUUGUUACCGGUGGUAUUGGUUCUGGCACCAUCCCCGCCGGUGAGGGACCGCUUAUGUUCCCAGACAACAACGACGCUAGCAAGUGGCACUUGUUCAUUGACGACUUCACCCGCGGCGCUGGUUACGUCCCCUUCGAGACCAACAACAUUGCCUCGGGCCAGUGGUCGCCUUCGUCGCUCUCGAUUGGUCCCGGAUACCGACACGGAUAUGUUAUUGGAAUGUGA